GGGAACUUGGCCCUGGGGGAAAGACAACUGGGGUUCUGAGCCUAGUGACCUGGUCCUGGGGGAUUGAGAAGCAGUGCCCGUUUCUCCUGGCAGGCUCAAACCCAGAUAUCUUUGGCAUUAAUGAAUACGAAAGAUUGCUUAAAUGUUACAGCUGGGUUCCCUGGCUUGCACUGCGCUUUUGGGCUGUGGGCCGUGCUGGGGGUGGUGACCCUGUUGCUGCUUUUGGCACUGGCUGAACACCUAGUCCGAUGGACCAGAGAAAAGAACAAGAUAUUCCAGGGACAGGAAAGCCCCAAGAGACCUGUGGAAGAGGUACCACUUUAUGGGAACCUGACAUACCUACAAACAGGACGGCUACCACAGAAGCCAGGGCCUAUCCUGCAGGAGCAAUCAGGAGACAUCCCUCGAGCAAGGGAGGAAGCUAUGUGCUACGCCAGCCUGCAGCUGCAGCCUCCUCAGGGACGCCCCCCAGGGCCCAGUGCAGGGCCACCCAUCAAGUAUUCAGAAGUGGUGAUGCUGGAGCCUGAGCAGUCCACCCCCACGCCCCGGCUCCCAGAGCCUGAACUCUACGCUUCCGUGGGCUCCCAGACCCGCCGGGCAGCCUUUCCUGAUGAGGACUAUGCCAACAGCCAGCCAGGAGAUGGAUGAGGGAAGACCCACAUCUAAACAUCAGAUACACCUCGGGAGUAGGGAAGAGAGGAAAAAGGCCAUCGUCCACAGGAAGACGUCCUAGCUUGACUUUCCCCUUUGGCCCACAGAUGCUUUAAUUUGAGCUAUGACCAUGGGACAUAGUAGGGGAAUGGCUUCUUUGGAGUACCAGAAAUUAACCCCCAAUAAAUAGAAGCCUGUCUAUACUAGGAGGCAAGGGAAGCUUCCAGCCUGGAUGAGACCAACUCCACCUUCAAACUCCCCCUGCUUGGGUGGAUAUUGCUUUCAUAACCCCUCCUAUCUUUGCCCCUCUGAGGUUAACCAGUUCCGGCUUCUCUAGUUUCUUCAGAAAUACAGGAAGUAGUGGUGGUGUUUUAGGGGGUGGGGUGGGCAAGCACACUUAUCUGUGUGCAUCUGAGAACACAUGAGUGCCUGGGAGUAUCUAUGCAAGAAUAUGUGUGUAUACAUGGGAGCGCCAAAGAGCAAGCAGAUCUGAGAGCCCAUGUGAGGCAGGAUGUCUGCAUCUAUAUGUGAACAAGUGUCAUUCUGGCCAGGUACAAGCAAGAUGAUGGGGAUGCCCGCAGCAUUCAUCUUUAGCCCCUAAGAUAGGUUUCAAGAAACUGAAAGAAGAGGAUGGAGUCAGGGGCACAGUCCCCUCUCCUGCUAUUUUGAUUUUUUUUAAUCAAAUAAUCUCUCACUGUAA